GGGCGGGGCCAGGCGAAAUAGCGUGAGGGACAGACAGGGAGAAGAGAAACAGGCGAACUGGCGGCUCCGAAAGAAACUUAUAACGUUAUUUUAACGCAACAUAAAUCUCGAUAUACACGAUAUUUUAUUAUCCUAUAUCGUGUUUGAAAAUAUAUCGAUAUAUUUUAAAAACUCCAUAUAUCGCCCAGCCCUAAUUUUUCUACUGUUUGUUGCCGUGGAGAUGAAUUUCAAAAUACGCGCCGCAACCAAAGAUGACUGCAAAGACAUCUCGAGGAUGAUCGUGGAGUUGGCAGCUUUUGAAAACAUGGCGGACCAAAUGAAGAUAUCGCAUAAAGAGCUGGAGAGUGACGGUUUCUGCCAGAAUCCCUUCUUUGGAUGCCUCGUUGCAGAAGUACCCGAGGAGCAUCAAUCCAAAGAAGGAUUCACAGUGGUCGGAUACGCCCUUUACUUUCACACGUACAGUACAUGGAAGGGACGGUCACUAUAUUUGGAGGAUCUGUAUGUGAUGGAGGAGUUUCGAGGAAUUGGCAUUGGCAAAGGUUUGAUGGGCAAAGUUGCUGAGGUGGCGAAAAAGAAGCAGUGUGUGCGGUUACAGUUGUCCGUGUUGAACUGGAAUACUUCUACUCGAGAUUUCUACGCCGCUAAAGGAGCUCAGGAUCUCACCGAAAGGGAAGGUUGGCACUUGAUACGCUUCGACGGAGAAAACCUCGAUAAUUUAGCAAAUGACGCACCUAGUGAUUAGUAGUUUUCCAAGGAAAAAUAUGUGCACUGUAUCCAGCUGUUUUAUUCCUUCUCUCUUUGUUUUUGUUUUCUACGGUGCACGUUCAUUCUUUGUACAAUGUAAAAAUAAGCUUCACUGUCUGAUCAUAAAUACUCUAAUAUCAUUAAAUCUUAUGGUUAA